AUGUCUGCCUUCGCCUGCGCCCGCCUUUCAAACACGUCAAUUCUUCACAGGAACGCGUUCAAGGCGGCAUUCCGUAUCAACCUUCGAUAUUUUGCCGUCUACAAGCUGCCAGUCCGCACAAUGGCGCCAAAGCAGGCUACGUUGGGCAAGUUCUUUGGGAAAAAGGGCUCGAAGCCUGAACCUCAGCAGAGCAAGCUAAGCUUCGCCACCAAGCCUGCUCCGAAGAAGGAGGUCAAGGAGGAGGAGGCCGAUGCACCAAAGCCUAGCUCGAAGGACAAGAAGGACGGUACAAAGGCAAGAAAACGCACCCGAAGCCCGAGUCCCAUCGCAAAUGCGUCGAGUCCGAAAGUCAAGAACGAAGAUGCCGAAGACGAGGAAGAUCAGCCCGUAUCUAAGAGACCCCGCAGAGGCCGCCAAAGGGUUGUCGAAGAGGAAGACGAGGAUGAGAUGAUGGACGAGGCUCCCGCCAAGUCGCCAUUGAAAUCACCAAAAGCCAAGAAGAGCGCAUCGAAGAAGACGGAGAAGGCAGCGGAAAGAAAAGCUGCGGUUUCAAAAGACUCGGCUUCGGUGAAAAACGCCAAACCUACGUCGUCACCUGCGGCCGCCAAGGAUGAAGACGAGGAGGAGACGGCAUCCGCAUCUGCAUCCGAGGCCGAGGAUGUUGACGAUGUUGAUGAGGAGGAGGAUGCAGUCAAGUCCAAAGCCGCCAAGAAGACGUUAGAGAAGGUGCAGAUGAAGCUCAAGACUGCCGCCAAAGACCCCUACCCCGACUGGAAAGCAGGCGAACCAGUUCCUUACGCAGCGCUCUGCACGACUUUCUCCCUCGUCGAGAUGACCUCCAAGCGACUUGAAAUCAUGGCGCAUUGCUCUCUUUUCCUGCGACAGGUCAUGCGCUUGACGCCUGACGACCUGCUGCCGACUGUACUACUCAUGAUCAAUAAGCUGGCACCUGAUUACGCCGGCAUUGAGCUUGGCAUUGGCGAGUCUCUCAUUAUGAAGGCUAUCGGCGAAACCACAGGACGGACUCUGGCUGUUAUCAAACAGGAUCAGAAAGAGAUCGGAGAUCUCGGCCUGGUUGCUGUGAAGAGUAGGUCGACGCAGCCUACCAUGUUCAAGCCUAAGGCUUUGACAAUCAGAGGCGUUCACAAGGGCUUGAUGGGCAUUGCGACGGUGUCUGGAAACGGCGCUCAAGGUCGCAAAGUGGACGCAAUUAAGAAGCUGCUCUCAGCAGCAGAUGCCCAUCGUUCUGGAAGGGUGGAUAUCAACAAAGACAAGGGAGGUCCGAGUGAAGCCAAAUACCUUGUUCGAUUCCUGGAGGGCAAGCUUCGACUCGGCUUGGCGGAGAAGACAGUCCUGGUGUCCUUGGCUCAGGCAGUGGUGUACCACGAGGCAGAUGCCAAGGGUCAAGUCCCCAAGACGACAGAUGUGGAGCAGGCGGAGGCUGUUCUCAAGCAGGUUUACAGUGAACUCCCCAGUUACGACGUUAUCAUCCCGGCCAUGGUGGAGCACGGCAUCAUGAACCUCCGCGAGCACUGCAAGCUCAAGCCCGGUGUGCCCCUGAAGCCCAUGUUGGCCAAGCCAACGAAGGCCAUUACUGAGGUUCUGGAUCGUUUCGAGAACCAGACAUUCACUUGCGAAUACAAAUAUGACGGCGAAAGAGCACAAAUUCACUACGUGGCCAAGAAUGCGAGUGAGGAGCUUAGUCAAUCCUUGCCGGGAGCUACGCAGGCUGCUGCAGACGGAGUCGCUUCCAUCUUCUCCAGGAACUCGGAAGAUCUCUCCAAAAAGUACCCGGAUAUCUUGGCCAAGCUUCACAGCUGGGUCAAGGCAGACACCAAGAGCUUCGUCCUGGACUGCGAGACUGUGGCCUGGGAUGUUGAGGAGAAGAAGGUGCUUCCGUUCCAGCAGUUGAUGACUCGCAAGAAGAAGGACGUCAAAAUUGAGGACGUCAAGGUUAAGGUGUGUGUGUUUGCCUUUGAUCUGCUUUACCUCAACGGCGAGGCCAUUGUGGAGAAGCCUCUUCGCGAACGCCGUGAGCUUCUUGAGCAGGCUUUUGCGCCGGUCGAGGGAGAGUUCUCUCUUGCUACACACAUGAACGGACAGGAGCUCGAGCAGAUUCAGGAGUUCCUCGACGAGAGUGUCAAGGCGUCUUGUGAAGGUCUCAUGGUCAAGAUGCUGGACGGUUCCGAGAGCGGGUAUGAGCCCAGCAAGAGAAGCCGAAAUUGGCUCAAGAUCAAGAAGGAUUACCUCAGCGGCAUUGGCGACUCACUCGAUCUCGUGGUAUUGGGCGCGUACUACGGAAAGGGCAAGCGCACAUCCGUCUACGGCGCGUUCCUUCUCGCGUGCUACAACCCAUCGUCCGAUACGUAUGAAACCGUGUGCAACAUCGGCACGGGAUUCUCCGAGGCGGUGCUCGAGGAGCUGCACAAGCAGCUCUCGGACACUGUCAUUGACCGGCCGAAGCCGUUCUACGCCCACUCCUCGGGCGGUCAGCACCAGCCCGACGUCUGGUUCGAGCCGCGUUACGUCUGGGAGGUCAAGACGGCCGACCUGACGCUCAGUCCGCGCUACAAGGCCGGCUGCAAGGAGGGCGUCGACCCGGGCGGCGAGAAGGGCAUCUCCCUCCGCUUUCCGCGCUUCAUCAAGGUGCGCGACGACAAGAAGCCCGACGAGGCCACGUCCAGUCGCCAGGUGGCCGAGAUGUAUCGCAAGCAGGAGAGCGUCACCAAGAGCAAGGGACCUGCAGUUGAUGAUGAUUUCGAGUAUUGA